AUGUUCGAUAUUUAUACCGAUGGCUCAGGCAUUGAUGGAAAGAUUGGCGCAGCCUUUGUCGUGUUUUACUAUGGCACUGAGAUUCAUCACGAGCACUAUAGGAUGAAUUCUUAUAACUCGGUGUUUCAGGCCGAAUGCUGUGCACUAGAAAAAGCUUUGUUGUAUGUUCAAUCUAAUACCCCACGUUUUUCUAUAGUUAACAUUUACAGUGACUGUCUUUCUUUAUUACAGGUUUUAUGUCGUCCCAUAUCAACCAAUUAUACUGUUUUUAAUAUCAAGAAAUUGUUUGGUGAUGUCUUUGGCCAUACUAUGAUUAAAUUGCAUUGGUUUAAGGCUCAUGCUGGGUAUGUGGCCAAUGAGAAAGCUGAUGUGUUGGCGAAGGAACCUGCUUUGUCCGACCAUGCUAAAUAUAUAGAAAUUCCCGGUUCAAGGAGGAUUGCAAAUAGAAUAAUACUGGAAAACUGUCUGAAUGAGUGGAAACUUAAUUGGUCCGGAUCUGAGAGAAAUAAAGAUCACCUACGGUUUUUUCAGAUCAGGAGACGUAUGACACUUUACAGUAAUAUCGAUGUUAACCAAUUUUUUACUGGGCAUGGCAGAUUUCCUAGCUACUUGAAAAAAUUUUGUAUACAAGAGACUGAUCUAUGUGCAAGGUGUGGGGUCUGCAGACUCUAA